AUGAGACUUUCUUUAUCAAUAUAUAAGCUCUUAUUCCAAAAAAUUAACGUAAGAUUAUUCUUGUGUUGUCUUUAUCAUCGAAAUCUUCAGUCAUGUGUUUCUCUUAAAUUUAUCGGAAAUUACUUGAUUAUUAUUACUAUUUUAUGGAAUGAGCAGGUGAAAAAGCAACUGGAACCAUGGUGUGAACUUAAAGACAAAGUGGUUCUUGUGACAGGAGCUUCCUCUGGUAUAGGAAGAGAGAUCUGUCUUGAUCUAGCCAAAGCUGGCUGCAAGAUUAUAGCAGCAGCUCGUCGUGUCGACCGUCUCGAAUCUCUUUGCUCUGAAAUCAACAGAACCGGAGUCCAAGCCGUUGCCCUUGAGCUAGACGUGUCAUCAAACGCAGCCACCAUUCAAAAAGCGGUAAAAGAAGCUUGGGACAUCUUUGGAAAGAUCCAUGCGUUGAUCAACAAUGCCGGAAUCAGAGGCAAUGUCAAGUCUUGUUUAGAUCUGUCAGAAAACGAAUGGGACAACGUCUUAACAACCAACUUAAAAGGAGCUUGGUUAGUAGCCAAAUACGUCUGCGUUUUGAUGCGUGACGCUAAAAGCGGUGGUGGCUCGGUGAUAAACAUUUCAUCCAUCGCAGGGUUUCAGCGCAGUUUAGCUCCUGGUGCACUCGCGUAUGCUUGUUCCAAAAGCGGUGUUGAUACCAUGACAAGAAUGAUGGCUAUUGAGUUAGGUGCUUAUAAUAUUAGAGUGAACUCGAUCGCGCCGGGGCUUUUGAACUCAGACAUCACAAAAGAUCUUAUGCAGAAAAAGUGGCUCAAGGUUGUGGCCGAGCGGAUUCUACCGUUAAAGGUGAACCAGACCGUGGAUCCGGGUCUCACUUCUCUCGUUCGCUAUCUACUUCACGACUCUUCUCAGUAUGUCUCCGGCAAUAUAUACAUUGUUGACUCUGGAACUACACUGCCCGGUCUGCCCAUCUUUUCUUCUCUAUGAAAUCUUAACACCAUGUUGUAAUAUAAAUCUUGGGUGUUUCAUGUGUGUAGUUUUCUUUUUGCUAUAAUAAGUACAAACUAGACCCUGACCCACGCGCCAACACGGGUAUGAAUUUUUGGUUUUUGGUUAUUUAUUUAAUUAAAUGAUCUAUCUGUAAUAUUUGAUGUAUUAUAUUUACCAACUCAAUAUUUUUUUUUGGCAUCUUAAACCAUCUAUUUAUGAUGAA